AUGAGCAUCUUCUUCGAUGGUUCUACUCUCCUCGUUUGGAGUGGUUCAAUGUACAAAGAACGAGCUUACGGCCCUUCAUAUGGCCACACUUUGUGCUUUCUCUCAUUCUUAUCGCCAAUUCUUUUACUUCUCCCAUUAUUAAACUCAGUUUAUCAAGAUUGGGAUGAUCCGCUCGUGAUGUCAAAUUCAAUCUGUCUCUCAUGUGCUGUUACUCAAGUUGCUAUGAAAAUUGUUGUGUGCAGGAUUCAACGUCAUCACUUUCAGGCCAUAAUUCUUGAAAUGAUUACAUUUUUAAAAGAUGCUAAUGGCUUAGAAAGAAAAGUUGUGCAAUACUAUGUAAACAAGCACGUAAUUUUACAUUUGGUGCUCUCUGUCGGAUGUUUAUUGACAGCUCUAAAUUUUGUCUGUGGUCCAUUUUUAUUAUCAACGUCUCUUCCAACAGACGCUAAAUAUCCUUUUUCGAUGAAUUCGAGUUUCGUGAGAUGUGUCCUUUAUUCGCAUCAAAGCUUUGUCGCUUUUCAAGUUUCAUCAGGAAUGACAAUUGAUUGCUUGUGUGCUAGUCUACUAUGGUAUACAGCCGCAAGAUUUAAAUUAUUAGCGAAGAAUUUCCAGGAUGUAAAAAAUAAACACGAUUUCUUCCAAUGCGUUCGUCAACAUCAACACUUAUUAAAAUAUGCAAACAAUGUGAGAUCAGCAACCCAGUUUUUAAUAUUUUCUACUGUGAUCACAGGAACUAUUGGCAUAGUUUUUGCUAGUGUGCCUCUUUUUACUAGUUUUUAUGAGUUGCGUUGCCAAAACUAUCACUGGAGUAGAAGAACUUUUGAUCUAGAAAAAUUGCCACCAACGUCUGCUUCCAUGGUUUUGCAUAUAAAUGGAGCAUUUUACGUAACGCAUCAGCAAGUUAAUUGUUUGAAUAAAAAUGCUAACAAAUUAGAUCCUUUGUUAUAUGGAUAUGAUAUGUAG